AUGCUUAUAGCUCUUGAGGAGAAAGAUCCACGAAGAAUCUUCGAAGGUGAAGCUCGCAUGAGGAGGAUGAACAUGUAUGGUUUGUUGGAUGAGAGCCAAAACAAGCUCGAUUACGUUCUUGCCCUCACUGUUGAAAAUUUCCUUAAACGUCAUCUUCAAACCCUCGUCUUCAAAACUAGUAAGACCAAAAGCAUACAUCUUGCUAGAGUCCUCAUCAAACAAAGUCACAUCAGGCUGAGAGAGAAUUGCAGCCAUGUUUUUCUAAAGAGUAUUGUUAAGCUAAUUGUUGAGCUAAUGAGAAAUCACAAUACCCCCGAGUCAUUGCUUUUGGAAGCAACUGCUAGAGCAGUUCAACCAGUGCUGGAAAGGGGAGAAUCUGGAAUGGCAGCUGCAGAUGACUCUCAAAUCUUCUCAAGUGUCGGUUGCCUGGUACCAUCCAGUGCCUUUCUCACCCGAGUACUCAUGUACGUGCCCUUAGCACCUCGGUUCUUAGAGCCAUUUUGCACUCCGGAUUGA